AUGCUCUCACCUUCAUUCAAGCGUGCUUCCAGGGACCUCAAACGAUUCUGGACCGACAUCCGAAGCGACGAAGUAGCCAACUAUUUCUCCAGAACCCAUAUUCACUGGAAAUUCAUCGCUGAAAGAGCGGUGUGGUGGGGUGGGUUCUGGGAGAGAAUGGUGCGAUUCGUUAAAACGGCACUAUGCAAGGUCCUUGGAAAGAACAGUCUCACGCUCGACCAGCUAACGACACUGCUGAUAGAGGUAGAGGCGAUGGUCAACUCGAGAUCCAUCUCCUUCGUCUACUCGGACUCCAACGAGCCCGAAUCAUUGUCGGCAUCGCACUUGCUGGUCGGCAAACUGAUAACCAGACUGCCUGACCAGCCCACAGUCACCUCCGAGCCCGGACAACCACUCCUUGCCAGAAUACUACGUUACCGAGAAGUGUUGCUGAGACGAAUCUGGAAGCGGUGGGUCCACGGAUAUCUCUUCGAGCUGCGGACAGCACAUCACCAACGCCCUGCUACCUCCACUGGACUGAAGGUCAACGACUUGGUGCUGGUGAAAGAUGACAAGCUGCCAAGGCAAAUGUGGAAGAUCUGCCGCGUGGUGAAGCUGUUCCCAGGCCGAGACGGACGUGUGCGAUCGUGCCAGGUGCAACUUCCCGGUGGUGGAACUACUAAACGUGCUGUCCAACACCUUUUCCCGCUAGAAAUUGUAUAA